AGCAAAAGUAUUUUAAUUUUUUUUUUUAUAAACGCAAAUUGAUAAACUUUAGUUGAUUUUUACAUUCAAAGAGAGGCAGUUCAUUUUAAGAAGUUAAUAGAAGAAGUUAAAAAUGGCAACAAUCCCAAUUUAUAAUCCUCAAAUUCCGUUUCUUGGACAAAUUCCUGGAAAAAUGAGAAUUGGAUCGACUUUAAAGAUUCGUGCGAAAUUACAUGGAUAUCAUAAUAGAUGCAAUAUUUUCAUUCAAUCUGGAGCUGCAUUGAGACCCAGAGAUGAUGUUGUCUUUCAUUUAGCAAUUCGAGGAGAUGAGCGAGCAAUUGUUCGAAAUUAUUUUAAGGAUCAAGCUUGGGGCAGUGAGGAGCGUUAUGGUGGAUAUCCAAUUCAUGGAACUGAAUCAUUUGAAAUUGGAAUAACGGCUGAGCCAAACCAUUUUAGGAUUAACAUUAAUAAUCAUCCAUUCUGUACAUACAGCUACAGAUUAUCAGUUGAUUUGGCUGAAUUUAUUUCUGUUGAUGGACAAUGCUCAAUUGAGUAUGUGACAAGUGAUUCAGCUUUUCCAACUUAUCCAAUGCAUCCAACUCCUGCUUAUCCUCCUGUGCAUGCUCAUCCACCAAUUCAUAUCUCGUCAGGCUUUCCAGUAAACCAUUAUCCACCAGCACCGCCACCGAUGCCAAUGCCUGUUCAUCCACCACCAUAUCCAGGACAUUAUCCAGAUCAUGCAACUCCAUACUCGGUAUUUAAACAAGAAUUAAAUGAAAAACUUCAACAUUUGAAACAUUAUUAAAAAAUUUUUUUGGAUCUUUUUUCAUUUGUUUGAAUAAAAAAAAGUUCAUUUUGUGAUAGAAAAAUUAAUUAAAGUUUUUCUUUUUAUUUUACUUAAGGCGGAAAAGGAAAAGGAAAAAGAAAAGAAAAAGACAAUGAAAGUUGCAGCUGGUGCUGGUGUUAUUGCAGGUGUGACUGCUGUUGCUCUUUCAAAUGCGUCCAGGAAUUUGAGAAGACGAAAAUGUUAAAAGAACUUUAGUUAUUCGAUGGAUAUGGGAUUAUGACUAUAACAAUUUAUUGGGGACUAUAUAAUCAACAACCAACUAGUGACUAAGAAUUGAUAAAAAUUGACUUUGUAUAACAAAUGAUAUAUUUAAG